AAUUUCAAAAUUUAUGUCCAAUUCUUACAAAAUUAGGUCAAUUAUGGUCAAUUCAUUUAAUAUAUGAAUCAUUAAAAGAAUUUUUAGAAGAAGGUUAUUUUGAAAAAGAACAAGUUAUUAUUGUAAGAAAUGCUUAUUUUGGAAUGUGUAAAGAAUUAAGAAAAGAAAUUAUACCUUUGGUUGAUGCUUGGGGAUAUCCGGAUUUUAUUUUACAAGCUCCUUUGGGAAAGUUCGAUGGCGAUGUUUAUCAAG